CAGUUACACUCAGUCGAUCGUUUGAGUCGCGUGUCCGCGUGGUUGCGCUAGCGCUUGCGUAAAGCUUUGCUUGCGUUGCUUAUUCUUCUGAUUGGUGCCGUUUGGUUUGGUGCGGAAGCUGCUGUGCUUUGUUUUUACUUCGACAGGCGAUUAUUUAAACAAAUACGACAAGUGUUCUAAUUGAAUUACACAGCUUACGCGCACACGACAUUUUUUAGAAAGGAAAAGUGCGCGUGAAACUUACCACACCAGAGUGUGUGCGUGUCCCGUGUCCGUGUGGCUUCGGUGAGCGGAGGUGUAUGAAGCAAAAGAAGGUCGUCCGCUGUCGUCUGGUGUUUGCCGGUGGAGCGAUACCAGGACCCGGAAGUUUAAUGUAAUAAGUGUGUUUGUGUGUGUGUGCCGUGUGCGGGAUCCUAACCCCUUUUUCGCGCCCUGUAGCAACGGGGCUGGCAAGAUUGGGCAUACAGUGCUACCGCUACCACCCGUGAGCAUGAGCGUCGUGGCCGUCGUUGCGGUGGCCUAUCGAUACACUUGGAAUCGCGAGAUCGUGUUCAACUCCCAGAAGCUGGUGAAGAGACGACCGGUGGCGUUGGUGCGUACCGUGCUUGCUGCUGCCGUCUGAGUCCUUCCGAGCCGAGAGAGAGAGAGAGAGAGAGGAAGAGAAGAAGAGGGCAACAAACAUAGCACAGUCCAGGGACCUUUAGCACGAGUCGAAACCCCAUUACGCUUGUACAACGGCCAAUGCUUUUUUGAGUAGGAAAACGCCACGUAAAACGUGCAAAAUAAAACGAACACUUUUGUGAAUUGAGAAGGAGACGUAUGUAGGGACAAUCAUUAAAGAAAGCUCUCUCUUUUUUGCAGUUUUAGUACGGUUUUAAAGUUAUUAAACCAUUCUCCGUAGGCAAAGAGGCAUUACGAAAAACAACAACAACAACAACAAACCCCUCCCAAAAGGAAGAGAGCUAAGGAUACACGAAAAUAGACAAAACUGCAAACCGAGGGAUCUUGCCAAUACUCAAAACCACUAAUACCCACACCCUCCCUGUGCGUGUGUGUGUGUGUGUUUAAUAUUGAAAUAUUUUAUUUCUCAUUUGGUGUACGCAUACAAUAUCUGUGAUUGAAAAUUGCUGUGUGUUUUUUAUAAAUACUUUUAUACAAUAAUUUGUUUGCUUGUUUUGUUGUUAACGAUCAUUAGUCGAUUUGCUUAAAUUUUAGUACGAUUUUGUAGUGCGGUAAAGUCUCUCUCAGCGCCGGCGUACACAAACACACAGGCACACACCGGUUGACUCACAUUCUCGGGGGCUUGUGGGUGAGUGAGUGUGUGUGUGAGUUUUUGGUGUGGCCGCCACGGUUUUGCCGUUUUCGUUAUCCUUUCUUUAUAAGCUUUUGUUGGUACCUUUUUGGGGCAGCAUUAAUAUUUCCAAUUUGCCACUCGAUUCUUGCCCGGAGGAGAAAGAAAUAGCAUUAGCAUUGUCGAAAAACCAAUUGUGAAAUUCUUUUGUGCCCAUAUUUUCGAAUCCCUGGUGGAUAUUGCUUAUAAGCAGCAGCGUUUAGUCAUAGGAAGCAUAUAUACAUUUUUAAACUUUAGUGUGAUUGCACUGUGCGAGAUUAAUUUUUAGAUAGUAGAAGUAGUCAUUAGUAGCACUUGAACCGCGUAAAUUAGAUUGUCUGUCAUUGUUCUAACUCGGACGACGGUACGAGCGAAGCGAGAGAGAGAGAGAGAGCAGCAGCACAGGAAGCAAUAAAGCAGUAAACACGUACGAUUCGAGCGGUCUCAAGGAGCCUCUCGAGCAGAAGGGUCUUUAGAUAUAGACAUCGGAAGACGUUCAAUUCACUUCGUAACAGGUGAAAGGAAGUAACAUUAGCCAUCAGAGUAGGGGGUAGACAACAGAGAACGGCUUGGGUGGGAAUUGGCGGCAGCAGCAAAGCUUCGACAAAUCAACCCACACGGUUUACACAAACCCCUUCGAGCGGGGUGAUCCCUACGAGAUGAUGAAUGUCUACGAUCUAUGUUACGAUGACAAGGUGAAGAUAUCGUCCAGCGAGUCCGAGCUGCUUGCCGCCAGCUAUGGCGCGGUGCCGACCGUUGUGGAGGAUGAAUUCUACCCGUUCACGCUGCAGCCGGAGGCGAAGGGCAGCAAUGGGGCCGGACCGGAGCUGAUGAUGGAGUUUGACUGUCCCGGGGCCGGCAGCUUGGAGCUGAUGAGCCAGCUGACACCGCCGCAAACGCCGCCCCAAACGACGGCCUUCGGUGGUGUUGUCGGUACCGUCUUACCCAUGCAGGCCCAGCUACAGUCCGUCCCGUUGCCGCAACAGCAGCUAGCGCAGCAGUUCCAACCCCUGUACGCUCCACUGUCGAAUCCGGAACUGUUGUUGCCGCAGCAGCAGCAGCAGCAGCAGCAGGUUCCGUUCGUCCAGGGCACUAACGUGCUCUCGACCGGCUACUACAUCGUGGACGAGUAUGCCACCAUGACGCAGAUCGGUGCUGGUGGCAUGCAGCAGCCGCCGCAGCAGCAGCAGCAAACCGUCACGAUGGAACCGUUGCAGCAAGUACCGGCCGACAUCGGGUCCGCUCCGUUCCACUUUAGCGAAACCUACACGCCCCAGCAGCUGAGCGAGAUGGCCAACAUCGUGCGCAGUCUGCAGAUGGACGAUGAUUCGUUCCAGGGCGGCGAUGACGAUGACGAUUCGUGUGCCGGAUUUUCCGAGGCCGGAUCGGUCGAGAACGGUGGCGAUUCGCUGUCGUCAUCUUCGUCGGCUUCCUCGCUGGUCGCCCACUCGCCCGUGUACAGCGAUUCGGCCGAAUCGUCCGGAUACUACGGCAGCCGGCACGAUGAGGCUGCCGCCGCCGACGACGACGACGAUGACUGGAGCCCGUCGAAGACGAAGAAGCUGUGCGUCCGGAACGGCGGUGCCGUCACGAAAAAGCGUACCGGCGGCAGCACCACCCGCACGUACGGUGGCCGCGCGCCGGAGGAGAAAAAGUCCCGCAAGAAGGAGCAAAACAAGAACGCGGCCACGCGCUACCGGCAGAAGAAGAAGGCCGAAAUCGAGGAGAUUCUUAUUGAGGAGAGCAAGCUGCGCGAAAGGAAUGACGAGCUGAAGCGCAAGUCGCAGGAUCUGGGGCGCGAGAUCAGCUGCAUCAAGAAGCUGAUGCGCGAGUUUUGCCGUAGCAAGGGUUUGAUCUAACAGAAGCAAAUGCUAAAAAAGCGAUUCAAAACAUUUUCCGUUUGUAAAACAGUAAAGUAAAAAAAAGCAUUAAAAGAUAGUUAUUGUUUGUAUCUCUCAUACCCCAGUAAUAGUUUACACGUAAAAGUAGUUUGCCAGCAAAAUUAAGCAAUAUCAAAAUCAGGAGCUCAAUCAAUAAUCGCUACUGAGUUGCAGCUAACGGCAAACUUGGAGAGAGCAGCGCUUCAAAGCGCCACCAGAACAACCAUUAAAAUACUUACUUCGCGUACCUUCUUCGUGUAGAGAGACAGUCCUAGCGAUCGUCGUAAUUUUAAACAUGCAUCCAUGCAUCCAUGCUAUAUGUCCAAGCCGAAGCUACCCUUUCUUGGGUGUGGUAUGAGGAGGACCACAAGGACACCUUUACAACGCACCUAAGCAGGGGCAGAAAAGGAGGGAUCAUUGUGGAUGCAUUUUAGACUUUAGAACAACAACAAAACUUCAUAUCUUCAUUCCUUUCGCGUCAGCUUAGAGUAAGCAGCGCAAACGAAUGCGCCGGUCUGAUCCCGAGCUCGACACUCAGUUUUAGAGGAACACGGUCGUGAGAAGUCGAAGAAUCUUAGUAGAGGGAGAGAGAGAGAGAGCGAGUAGAGGGGUUUGUAGUCCCAUAGAGGAGGUGGCGUUGGUAGUUGGGGGUGAAAGGCAAUCGUUAUACCCAAGUGUGCCGGACACUUUGUCCCGCUAAUGCCGCCACCGGGGUUCGUCGUCUAGUUCUAUCGAUCUUACCCAUCAUCGACCAUUUGCAGUUAAUCGUAGAAGAAUGUCGGUGGAAAUUGCGGUUUUCACGUUGAGAUCGGAUUACGCAUACGUCGCUAGUUGACGCCAUUUAUUGUACGGCCGUUUCUUUGUUUUGUAUUUUUGUGAACUCCGCUCCCCGCCGGUGUGGGUGGACAGGCGUUUUCUGUGUAUGGCGUGCAGUGUGAUGCUGUGCCGAAGCUCUGCAGAACCGUUUGUCUACCACCACUCCUGCGGGGGAAGGUUUUCUUUCAUUUCGUGGCGCAAGGGGAUCGUAUUGAAUUCGGGGUGGAAAAUAUAUGUACAACGUUUUGUUUUUUUUUUUGUCAAAGACAGAGAGGAACGGAGAGACAGGAUCGAAAUUUCACUCAAACUGUGUUAUAGAUUAGGGUCAGGGAACGCAAUUAAAUUAAAAAAAGAAACACACACUCUCUUAAUACAUUUUAAAUGCACUGUAUUUCAUGUUCAAAUACGUUCAUUCUAAACAACCAUAAGGCACAAAUCGGGCAGCGAACGAAUUCAAUACGAUAGUGAUGGCGUAAUACACAUAAA